AAAGUUUGAUCGAUAUUAUUUUGCUAUUCGACGGAUCCUGUCAGUAGGGUAAGCCGUGUAAACGGGUUAUUUUAAUCGUUGUAAACGAUUGUAAACGAUUAAAAUUCGUUAUCGAAACAAAAAAUGCCCAGCAUAAUUAUUAAAGACUAUAAUUGGCACCAAAGUCCAGAGUUCGUGAUAUUAAAUAUACCCAUCAGAGGUCAUCCGAAGAAAGUGGAUUUAUUCGUAAUCGAUAACUAUACGAAGAUAAGCUUCCCACCAUUUAUAUUGGAAUUAUUUCUAUGGGCUAAUGUUGUCGAGAAAGAAAGUAUCUGUACCAUAACUGAUCAAGAGGCGAUACUUACUUUACGUAAAGCAAAUAUUGGCUUAGAAUGGCCCACUUUAGAAAUACAAAAUAUCGAUAAUAAUUUUAAACAAGAAUGUCGAAAUCAAGCUUUCGAACAAGCGCAAAGGAUCGCUGAGACUGUUAAGAAACUGAAAACCGAAAAACGUCAACGUCUGCAACGGGAAGCGGUAAAGGAACAAAUUAACGUUAACGCGGCUAUAUUAAAUGAAAUAGAUGCAAUACGAAAUACCCAUCGGAAGGAAGCUAUGCGAGAUUUCGAAGACUGGAGAUUGAAAGCGGAGCUACCGUUAUUGACUAGUGUUCAAGGAGUAAUACAAGAAAAUAGAAAAGCUUACAAACCACCGCUAAAAUGGUUCAAAGACAACAAUAAUACGUUAAAGUUCCGGCCGAUGACUAGCGAAGAAAUACUUGAAAACGAUGCACCUUUAGAAGAACCUGAGCGUAAAAUAAACGAGAACGCGAAGAAAAAUGAUAAAAGAACGGUUGAAAAGAAAAUGGUGGAAAUACAAGCGGAAGUGAAAAGUUUGAAAGAGGACGAUUCUUUCGACGAUAACAGUUGUUCCGAGGAUUCCGAGUCAGAUUACGAAUUACGAUCAGGCAGUUCAACAGGAAAGAUUGAGGGAAAAAGUAGACCCGGAUUGGAAUCUGUAAAAGCUGUGAUAGAAGGAAAGUUGCCGAAAAGAAACAGCAUAUUCGAAGAACCAUCGAUAUCGGUACCACUGCCCAGAAAGAAUGGUACAAUUAACGUGACAUUUUCGGAACGAACGUUCCCGACUCCGGCUAGAGAAAGUCAUCAUCUCGAAGAGCAAGAAUGGUUGCAGAAGCAAGCAGAGGCAAGGCGCAAAAUUGGUUUCGAUACGAAGGAUCUCCGACCGGAAGAACGUGACCCACAAUGGUUAAAAGAUAAGGGGGACGAGUUUUUUAGAGUUGGAAAUCAUCUGGGAGCUAUCAGCGCCUACUCGUAUGGGAUUCAAAUUAGCGAUAGAAUGGCAUCGCUUUACGCGAACAGAUCAGCGGUGCAUUACGCGAUGGGAAAUUACUGUAGAUGUAUGGAGGAUUGUUCAAAAGCACUAGAGCUGAUGGAACCGAAAUGCGAAAGUAAUCGAGAGUCAAGAGCCAGGUGUCACGCCCGACGUGGCGCAGCGCUUUGCAAAUUAUCUGCACCUCAGCACGGUAUUCCCGAGUUGGAGGCUGCCUUGAAAUUAACGCCGGAUAACGAAAGCAUAAAACGCGAUUUGUUAUCCGCGAAACGAUACUUCGAGCUAGAAAAUUAAAAGCGAUACCCGAUCGUAAACCGUUCGUGAAAAACUCCUCGGCACCGAAGAAGAAAGUUAAUGUUCCAUGAGACACUUCUGCUUUUAGACUUUUCUACUACUCGGAAGAUGGUUCAUUUUGCAGGGAAGAUUAGGUGCAGCGAAGCAAAAUCGAUUUUCUUUCAGGCAUUCAUUGAACCCGAGUCCUGAUGAAUCACGGAAGAAAUGAGUCAAUUGUAAUUUCCAAGGAAACGAGAAUGCAACGAUAACGUUGUCGAUUCAGGACCAUACUCUGGGAAACUUCAAUGAAUCGAAAGCUUGUUUCCGCAAUUAAAACGAUAUUACAUA